UUGGCACGGCCAGAGGCAGGGUCGUUUCCGAAGGCAUAACAAAAAUGGCCGCCCCUCUGAUUGCUAUGGCCGUGGCUCUUCGCCGUCGCCGACGUGAACACGGAGAGCCAGACGACGCGUUUGACAUGCCGGAUGACCAUUUUCGACGGCAUUUUCGACUCUCGAAGGGAACGGUGCGGUUGUUGUGCGAGGAACUGGCGGGGGAACUAGAAGCGGAGCGAGCGACGGGACUGUCGGUGGAGCGGAAGGUGUUGUGUGCGCUGCGCUUCUUUGCCACUGGGAGCUUCCAAGCGUCCGAGAGUCGACCACAGCCACCCGAAGUGAGCGGACGUGCCGUCGGCGCUCUCCGGACCCCGAAAUCUGCCCGAAGAGAACCCAUGGAGGUGCAGGGCGAAGACCUCGACCCGACAACGUUCAGACCCAGUGAGUGGACCACGAUACUCCGCGCGUACAAGGGAGGCAAACCAAGCCCGGAAACGCUGGUUGUGCCUCCUCAUGCAGCCCCUGUUCGAGAUAAGCCUGCCGCGCCCGCCGUCGGUGGUCCAGCCGACACUGCCCCUGCGACCUUCAAGCCGACAUACCGUGCUCAACAACAACAGCUGCGCGUGACGCACGCAAUCGCAUUGCGAACGUCCGUUGGGAGCGAGGAGACGAUUCGUGUGUCGCAGUCGACAGUGAGCGAGUGCGUGCGACGGGUGGCAGAGGCUGUUGUGAACGCCGGGGCGCGCAACAAGUGGGUGCAUUUUCCUAAGGCGGCCGAGGAAAAGGCAGCCGUAAAGGAAGGCUUUCUUCGGCGCGGUGCUAUCCCCGGCGUCAUAGGAUGCGUCGACGGCAGCCUCGUAGCUAUUGUCGCGCCGAAGGGUGAGCGCAAGGCUGCGUUCAUGUGCCGCAAGGGAUACUACGCCCUCAACUGCAUGUUCAUCUGCGAUGCGGACAUGAAAAUCUUGGCCGUGGACCCUCUGCGACCGGGGUCGGACCACGACGCUUUUGUCUGGCGCACGACAUGGUUGCGCCGGCGGUUUCAAGCGGGCCGCAUCGUGAAUCCCGGGGAAUACCUCCUCGGUGACAGUGGCUACCCCUUGGAGCCGUGGCUUCUGACCCCAGUUCCUGGCCAUCCUCCAGCGCAGACAGCCGAGGGUCAGUACAACACAGCACAUGGCGCCAUGCGUUCCGUAGUGGAGAGGUGCAUUGGGCUCUUAAAGAGCCGUUUCCGCUGUCUUCAGCGAUAUCGCACCCUCCUCUACGAGCCGGAACGUGCAGCCAACAUUGUCGCGGCAUGUGCUGUGUUGCACAACCUUCGCCUUUCUGAGGGCAACAUAGACUCGGGCGAUGAUGACAGCGAUGACGACAGCAGCAGCAGUAGUACUGAGCUCUGCGGUAAUGGCGACCCCAUUCCGCAAGCACAUACAUUACCUGAGAAGUGUUCGGCGGCAGCUGCGACGUGA